UCUAAUUCUCUCCUAAAAUGAGAGAAAUAUUGUUGAGCUUCAAACUCCAGUAACUCUGCGCUGUUGGUGCAAGCUCAGGGAUUCCUGUGCACAUUAGCAGCAGUGUGAGUUCUGCUCAGGGGGAUGUGUGUGUAUCCGUGCACGCCUCUCUGCCCUCCUGUCCCGUCCUCAUGCUAUCCCAGCAUGAUGGCUGCACUCUGGACUCUCUUUUGGGCCUUGUCCGUUUGUCUGCUGGGAUGUGCGGGUCUGACUCCUCCUCAGGCUCACAACCUGCCGCCGUCGGUGGGCUCCAACAGCAGCAGCAGCAGCGGCGGUGGCGGUCUGCAUGUGGACGCUCCCAUGGCUCUACGGGUGUUCAGCCUGGACUACCACCAUGUUCAGGCUCCCUUUGAAAUCGUGCUGUGGAUCAUGCUGGCCUCGCUGGCCAAACUGGGUUUCCACUGGUCCGGUCGAGUCCCAGCCGUCGUCCCGGAGAGCUGUGUCCUCAUCAUGGUGGGCCUCCUGGUUGGCGGUGUGAUCUACGGCGUCCGGCACUCGGCUCCUCCCACUCUGAGCGCCGACUCUUUCUUCCUCUUCCUGCUUCCACCCAUCGUUUUGGAUGCCGGAUACUUCCUACCCGGCAGGCUCUUCUUUGAAAACCUGGGGACCAUUCUUUGGUACGCAGUGCUGGGGACCUUCUGGAACGUGCUGGGCAUCGGCCUGUCCCUGUACGGCGUUUGCCUCCUGGCUCCAUCGUCUCUGGGAGACAUCUCUCUGCUCCACUGCCUGCUCUUCAGCUCUCUGAUCGCCGCCGUCGACCCCGUGGCCGUGCUCUCCGUCUUCCAGGAGAUGCAAGUCAACGAUCAGCUGCACAUCCUGGUUUUUGGGGAGUCGUUGCUCAAUGACGCCGUCACCGUGGUGCUGUAUAAGCUGUUCGAGUCCUUCCUGCGCCUGCCAUCGGUGUCGGGGUUGGAUGUGCUGCUGGGGAUGUGCAGGGUGGUGGUGGUGGGGCUGGGAGGGCUGUUUCUGGGCCUCUUCUUUGGCUUGGUGGCGGCCCUCACCUCUCGCUUCACCUCCAGAGCCCAGGUCAUCGCCCCGCUCUUCGUCUUCCUCUACUCCUACUUGUCUUACUUGACCUCAGAGAUGCUUCACCUCUCUGGAAUCACGGCGAUUGUGACUUGUGCCGUUACCAUGAAGCAGUACGUGGAGGCUAACGUUUCGGAGCGCAGCAACACCAGCAUCCAGUACUUCCUGAAGAUGUGGAGCAGCGUGAGCGAAACGCUGAUCUUCAUCUUCCUGGGCGUGUCCACCAUCCAGGACGUCCACAUGUGGAGCUGGCCCUUCGUCUGCUCCACGCUGCUGCUCUGCCUCUUCUGGAGGACAACAGGCGUCCUCCUGCUGACUUCUGUCGUGAACAAGCUGAGGAGGAACGCCGUGACCUUUAGGGACCAGUUCAUCAUCGCUUACGGUGGUCUGAGAGGAGCCAUCUGCUUCUCCCUCGUCUUCCUGAUUGACGACUUCCCGAAGAAAAAGCUCUUCAUCACCACGACGAUUGUGGUCAUCCUCUUCACCGUCUUUGUGCAGGGGAUGACCAUAAAGCCUCUGGUGGAGCUGCUGGAUGUGAAGAGGAAGAAGAAAGCUCUGCCGACAGUCAGCGAGGAGAUCCACACCAGACUCAUAGAUCACCUGAUGGCUGGGAUGGAAGAUGUGGUCGGUUACUGGGGUCAACACUUCUGGAAGGACAAGUUCGAACAGUUCAAUAAGAAGUACCUCAGGCGCUUCCUGAUCCGAGAGGACCAGCAGGCUCACUCCAUCCUCAGAGUCUACCAGGAGCUGGAGAGGAGGGGUCAGAGAGGAGACGCCGAGGCCUCCUCAGUGGUCGACCCCCGUCCUCCGAGCCGCCCCCUCCUGCCAGAAGAGAUGGACAGCAUCCGGCGGAUUCUGUCCAGAAACCUGCAAAACUUUAACAAAAAGCAAACACGAGCUUACAGCAGACACAGCCUGCACCAGGACGUGGCCACCAACCGGGCGAGGAAGCCUCUUCACCGACACCAGAGUGUUGGAGGGAGAUACACCUGCAACACAACCGCACCGCAGGAGGAUGACGAAAGACUCAGUGAUUCUCUGAGAGGAAGAGCAGGACUAAGCCGAUCUCACACAGUGUGCACCAGGAGCUCAAGGCGGACCCUCUCUGACUCUUUGGCCUCCACAGAAUCGCAGACCCAAAGUCAGCCUGAAAACCCCAAACCUGAAGGAGUGGACCAGACCUCUUCAGACCAGCAGCAUCCUGUGGAGAAAACCCCAAAGAAACAACUCAGCUUUAACCUGGAGAACGAGAACCAGCAGUGA